UCUUGUAUGCAAAAUGGUGGACCCUGUGGGGUUUGUGGAGGCUUGGAAAGCACAAUUUGCGGAUUCUGAGCCUCCUAAAAUGGAGCUGAAAUCUGUGGGAGACAUUGAACAGGAGCUGGAGAUGUGCAAAGCAUCUAUCCGGAGACUGGAGAUGGAGGUCAACAAGGAGAGGUUCCGCAUGAUUUACCUGCAGACUCUUCUGGCAAAGGAGAAAAAAAGCUAUGAUAGACAGAGAUGGGGUUUUAAACGUGUUUCUCAGUUGCCUGAAGGGGGUGCAGAGCAGCAGAUCCAAGACCUGCAUCAUCACCAGUCUGCUGACCAAGAUGAAUAUGAAAAAAGCAAGUCACAUCACGGGGAUGAAAAGUUCAAACCCAGGAUACCCUCUCUGCGGAAGCUGUCUACCCAGAGUGAUGGGUCAGACCUGUCGCCUUUGGACAGCCCCCAUCAUGGAGAGGGAGAGCAGGACAGGUGUAAAUACUAUGGUGAAGAGAAACUGAAGAGAGUUGUAGAAGAUACAGAGAAUCGCUGUGAUACAGAUGGCUCUCCUUCAAAACACAGAUCGGCUUCCACUCGCAGGUUAGUGGGAUCUGCUGAGAAGGAGGGAUCAUUUGAACCUAUUUCUAAGGAGAGAGGGAACAGCACCAGUGUGGCAGCGCUAAGGUCCAAUUUUGAGAGGAUUAAAAAGGUUAAUUCACAUUCUUCUGGAGAUAACAAGGAUGUUGUUGAAAAGCCCUUUUAUGUGAACAUGGAGUAUCAUCAUGAGAAAGGUCUGGUAAAGGUCAACGAUAAAGAUGUUUCCGAUAAAAUAAGCUCCCUUGGUAGCCAAGCCAUGCAAAUGGAACGCAAAAAGUCUUUGCACUCCCUCCCUUCUAACAUGGUACCCAGCUUCAGCGAGUUCCAGAGGCCUGCUUACAGGGGAAGGUCCUCGGAGAGCACCUUUGGCUAUGAUGGAGAAUAUGAAGAUGCUGAACUGAACCCCAGGUUUCUCAAAGAUAACCUGAUUAAUGCCAAUGGCAGCAACCGCUCACCUUGGCAGCCCAUGGACUUUCAACCCUAUCAAAGUAUCUAUGUUGGUGGAAUGAUGGGGGAAGGAGAAGGGAAAGGACCUAUUCUGCGAAAUCAGGGCACAGCUGACCAGGAAAAACAUCUCACUUGGCCCAGGAGAUCUUAUUCCCCCAGGAGUUUUGAAGAUAUUGGAGGAGGAUAUACUCCUGAUUGUAGCUCUAAUGAGAACCUUACCUCCAGUGAGGAAGACUUCUCUUCAGGGCAGUCCAGCCAUGUCUCCCCCAGCCCUACCACUUACCGCAUGUAUCGGGAUAAAAGCCGUUCUCCCUCCCAGAACUCUCAGCAGUCCUUUGACAGUAGCAGUCCACCAACCCCCCAGUCUCAAAAACGGCACAGGCAGCAGCAGGUCAUUGUGUCUGAGGCUACUAUUGUGGGUGUACGAAAAACAGGACAGAUCUGGCCAAGUGAUGGAGAUUUGCCUUCUGGGAGAUGUCACCAGGACAGCUGCUUCCAUGGGGAUACAGAGUACAAGUGCCAUUGUCAUCGGGCUUGUCCAAGUGUUUCACUGCAGUUUGUCAACAUACAGCACAUUUUUCUCCUGUGUUUUACAGAUGCUUCAUUCAGUGGCACACCACCUAGCUAUGCGUAUGAUGCAGACCGUGCUGAAGAACAGAGGCGACAUCAUGAUAUGAUGCCCUAUAUUGAUGACUCGCCAUCAUCCUCACCCCAUCUCAGUUCCAAGAGUCGGGGCAGCCGAGACACCCUAUCUUCAGGGUCUCUGGAAUCUACAAAAUCAAGUGAGCCAGACCUGGAGAAAGGCCUGGAGAUGAGAAAAUGGGUCCUGUCAGGAAUCCUAGCCAGUGAGGAAACCUACCUGAGCCACCUGGAGGCUCUGCUCCUGCCUAUGAAGCCUUUGAAAGCAGCUGCCACCACCUCUCAGCCUGUGCUGACUAGUCAGCAGAUUGAGACAAUAUUCUUCAAAGUGCCUGAGCUCUACGAGAUCCACAAAGAAUUCUAUGAUGGGCUUUUUCCCCGAGUGCAGCAGUGGAGUCACCAGCAACGUGUAGGGGACCUCUUCCAAAAGUUGGCCAGCCAGCUGGGAGUGUACCGGGCCUUUGUGGAUAACUAUGAAGUUGCUAUGGAGACAGCAGAGAAAUGCUGCCAAGCCAAUGCUCAGUUUGCUGAAAUCUCUGAGAAUCUAAAGGCUAGAAGCACAAAGGAAUCUAAAGAUCAGACGACGAAAAAUUCCUUGGAAACUCUAUUAUACAAGCCAGUGGAUCGAGUGACCCGCAGCACACUUGUCCUGCAUGAUUUGCUCAAGCACACUCCAGUGAGCCACCCUGAUCAUCCACUCCUGCAGGAUGCUCUGCGGAUCUCGCAGAACUUCCUCUCCAGCAUCAAUGAGGAGAUCACUCCUCGUCGGCAGUCUAUGACUGUAAAGAAGGGGGAGCACCGGCAGCUGCUGAAGGACAGUUUCAUGGUGGAGCUGGUUGAGGGGGCUCGCAAGCUACGUCAUGUCUUUCUUUUUACUGAUCUGUUCCUGUGUGCUAAGCUCAAGAAGCAGAUUGGAGGAAAAAGCCAGCAAUAUGACUGCAAAUGGUACAUCCCGCUCACUGACCUUAGUUUCCAAAUGGUGGAUGAGUCUGAGGCAGUGCCCAAUAUCCCACUGGUACCUGAUGAGGAACUGGAUGCCAUGAAGAUCAAGAUAUCCCAGAUCAAGAAUGACAUCCAGCGUGAAAAGAGGGCCAAUAAAGGCAGCAAGGUCAUUGAGAGGUUGAAAAAGAAGCUCUCGGAGCAGGAAUCCCUCCUACUGCUGAUGUCUCCCAACAUGGCAUUCCGGGUACACAAUCGCAAUGGCAAGAGUUACACAUUCCUCAUUUCAUCGGACUAUGAAAGGGCAGAAUGGAGGGAGAACAUCCGGGAGCAGCAAAAGAAAUGCUUUAAAAGCUUCUCACUCACAUCGGUGGAGCUCCAGAUGCUGACAAACUCCUGUGUGAAGCUUCAGACAGUCCACAACAUUCCCCUCACUAUCAAUAAGGAAGAUGAUGAAUCCCCAGGUCUCUAUGGAUUCCUGAAUGUCAUUGUCCACUCUGCCACAGGAUUCAAGCAAAGUUCAAAUUUGUACUGCACAUUAGAGGUGGAUUCUUUUGGGUAUUUUGUGAACAAGGCUAAAACUAGAGUUUACAGAGACACCACAGAGCCCAACUGGAAUGAGGAGUUUGAGAUUGAGCUGGAAGGCUCACAAACUCUGCGGAUUCUGUGCUAUGAAAAGUGCUACAACAAAACCAAGCUCACCAAAGAGGAUGGAGAGAGCACAGAUCGCAUAAUGGGGAAAGGACAGAUCCAGCUGGACCCACAGGCAUUGCAGGACAAAGAUUGGCAACGCACAGUCAUCUCAAUGAAUGGAGUUGAAGUGAAGUUGUCAGUGAAGUUUACCAGUCGGGAGUUUAGCCUGAAGAGGAUGCCAUCCAGGAAACAGACUGGGGUGUUUGGGGUCAAGAUCGCUAUCGUUACCAAGAGAGAGAGAUCGAAGGUGCCUUACAUAGUGCGCCAGUGCGUGGAGGAGAUAGAGCGGCGUGGAAUGGAGGAGGUGGGCAUCUACCGUGUCUCUGGGGUUGCAACCGAUAUCCAAGCUUUGAAAGCUGCCUUUGAUGUCAAUAACAAAGAUGUGUCGGUGAUGAUGAGCGAGAUGGAUGUCAAUGCCAUUGCAGGCACCUUGAAACUGUACUUCCGUGAACUGCCUGAACCCCUCUUCACAGAUGAGCUGUACCCCAACUUUGCUGAGGGCAUUGCACUUUCAGAUCCUGUUGCAAAGGAAAGCUGUAUGUUGAAUCUAUUGUUAUCGCUUCCAGAACCCAACCUUGUGACAUUCCUUUUCCUUUUGGACCAUUUAAAAAGGGUUGCUGAGAGGGAAAGCGUUAACAAGAUGUCCCUGCAUAAUCUUGCAACCGUCUUUGGACCAACGCUGCUCAGACCUUCAGAGAAGGACAGUAAAAUCCCUGCUAACCCCACCCAGCCUAUCACAAUGACUGAUAGUUGGUCACUAGAAGUCAUGUCCCAGGUUCAAGUUCUUCUGUACUUCCUGCAGCUAGAGACUAUCCCUACCCCAGACAGCAAGAGGCAAAGCAUUCUCUUUUCCACAGAGGUGUAGGUGCCUGUGAUAACAACAGGACACAAAGAACUGCUCUUGGUAUAAAGCUGCCACACCUGAGAAAAAGACGACUGGUGUUUCUUCAGACAUUACCGGCCUGUCCCUGUCCCGGGGAAUUACGUCCC